AUGCAAUCCUCUUAUUAUGGCCAAGGAUUUAAAACUCAACGUCAACUAUGGCAAGAAAGUUGGCCAACAGGACUUAUGGGUCUAAUCGCAACUUUUCAAAUGUUAUUUACAUUCGCUAUUCUUGGCAUUGAAACAUGGAGUAUGGUAUUAAGUUUCAGAAUGUCAUUUUUACUUAUUGGUUAUAUUGCUUCUUUUUUCUAUACAAUAACUUGGAUAUCAACAUACACUGUUGCUUGUUGUAAUCGAGGAUCCCAAGGUUGUGCAACUCAUGCAUUAGUAGAAAAUAUACUUUCAAUGAUUGCAUCAUGUGUUUUAUUGUAUUAUGAGUCUCAAUUUCUUCUUUAUCCUUCGACAUGCUUUUGGCCAUAUAGCAUAUGUCGUUUAAGCUCUUGGGACUUGAGUUGGGGGGCUUUCGUCGGAUAUUCUAUCUUUGAUAUUCAACGAUACAAACUUAUUGCAAUUAAAGUACAACUAUCUUGUGCUGCUAUAAUGCUUGCAUUGAGUGUACUUUUUUUUCUUAUUUAUCUGUAUGCCAUUCUGAAUGUAAAGAGCAAAUCUCGAGGUAUCCAACCACAAGGUGCAAUGGAACUGCAACCUCAACAACGAACAUUACAACCACCACCAAAUGUAGUCUUGAUAGGGCAGCCACCUUCUUGGUCUAACCCAUCGUAUUUUUAA